AUGUCCGCACACCCUUCAGUCAUGCUGCUUGGAGCCGAGGAGAAAGUGCAAGAGCAGCUGAGGCAUUCACCUGUGGAGCUGACCUGCACCUCUGCCUCCCUGCACUGUCACAACACUCCUUUAUCUGCAAAGUGCGCGCCAGUGCAGACACGCGCCACCGCCACACAUCAGACCAGGCCCCUGACUUCAGGACGCUCCACAUGCAGGGGUGGAACCGGGAGGCUGCGACACCAGCUCCACCAUACCCAACGUGAGUGCAUUUUCCGAGGUCUGAAGUAUGCAACACUCCUGGUUCCCACAGCGAUCGGAAACUUGCCCCAAAAACUGGCCUUCCUGGAGCUCUGGCCGGAGGGGUGA